CAUAGAAAUUUGAGAUCCUUGGAGAGAAAUUAGAUAAGAGUUAUGGAGAAAAUGAAAAUAAGAAGUAUUGGAGUUAUAAUGGCAGUCAUGAUUCUGUCAAGUUUUGGCGCAGCCAAAUCAACAGAUAAUGUUUUGUGCAAUGCCUGGUGUGUAAUCAAAUGUGCAGAAGAACCAUUUCCAAAACCAGAUUGUGUGAAUGAUUGUGAAAAACACUGUAAAUUAUCUGAUCCAGUUUAUACUUGUAUUGCUAGUUGUCACAAAUCUAUUGCUGUAAAAAAUGGUGCUGCUGAUCUUGGGAAUAAUCUCAUCAAUACUUGUAUGAAAGAGUGUAAAAAAAGACUUUAAUUUGUAACUACAAUUUCUGACUGAGAAAUUGUUAGAAGAAAUAAAAUU